CUCUCUCUCACAACUCACAAAAGUCACACAGAGACACAGACAGACAAGAGUGACUCGUAGGAAUAGAGAGAACAGAGUGAAUGAAUUGAAGGGAGAAGAGUGAGGACGAAGAGGUUGUCCUUUACAGACUGUAGUUACUCGCCCCCACCAACCAACACUCUCCACCUGAUCCCUCCCUUCCCCUCUCCCAUUUCCAUUCUCAUAUUUUUAUAUAUUUUAAAAUUAAAACCAAACCCUACAUUUUCUCUCUCUAACUAACCCCUCUUCUUCCUAUGUUAGGGUUCCUUUCUCUCUCCUUCUAUUUCUCCAUCAAUGAAUUAUUAAGGUCUGUAUGUGUGUGAAUCUACAUUGGCUUCGAUGAAUCCCUUUCUUCUUAUUCUUCUUCUUUCGCUUUUCGUUUCGGUUUCUUCUUUGUCUCAACCGGAGCUCCGAUCUCUCUUGGAAUUCAAGAAAGGGAUAACAACAGAUCCGCUUCGGAAGGUGUUGGAGUCAUGGAACCCUACUUCACUAGCUGACUACACUGCUUGUCCUCGCUCAUGGGAGGGAAUCCUCUGCGACGACCUCACCGGAAACGUCACCGGCAUCGUCCUCGACCGCCUCGGCCUCGGCGGCGAACUCAAGUUCCAAACUCUCCUCGAACUGAAGAUGCUCAGAAACCUAAGCCUCUCCGGGAACCAUUUCACCGGAAGGUUAACCCCUUCACUCGGCACGCUCACCACUCUCCAGCAUUUGGAUCUUUCACAAAACAAGUUCUAUGGUCCCAUCCCUUCUCGGAUCAACGAACUCUGGGGACUCAAUUACCUCAAUUUGUCCUUCAAUGAAUUCAAGGGUGGCUUCCCCACCAGCUUGACCAACCUUCAACAGCUCAGGGUCCUCGAUUUGCAUUCCAACGCCCUCUGGGGUGACAUUGGGGACAUUCUCUCCACUCUGCGGAACGUCGAACACGUGGAUUUGAGCCUCAAUCAGUUCUUCGGGGGGCUUGACCUCUCUGUUCAGAAUGUUUCUGGCUUGGCCAAUACAGUCCAUUUUUUGAACUUUAGUCAUAACAACUUGAAUGGUCCCUUCUUUGGAAGCGAUUCCGUUCAGUUGUUUCGCAACUUGCAAGUUCUUGAUUUGACUAAUAACUUGAUCAAGGGGGAGCUUCCUUCUUUUGGGUCCUUGCCUGGGCUUCAGGUUCUGCGAUUUGGCCGCAAUCUGUUCUUUGGGUCUGUACCGGAGGAGUUGUUGCAGAGUUCUGUGUCGUUGGAAGAAUUGGAUCUUAGUGUCAAUGGGUUUACUGGCUCAAUUGCUGUAAUCAACUCCACAACUUUGAAUAGUUUGAAUCUUUCAUCAAAUGGUUUAUCAGGCUCUUUGCCAACAUCUUUGGGAAGUUGUACAGUGAUAGACUUGAGCAGGAAUAUGUUAUCUGGUGACAUUUCUGUUAUACAGAACUGGGAAGCCACGUUGGAGGUUAUUGAUCUGAGUUCAAACAAGCUGUCAGGAUCCUUACCUCCUAUUUUAGGGACCUAUUCAAAAUUGUCCACCAUUGACUUAAGUUUAAAUGAACUUAGUGGAUCCAUUCCAGGUAGUUUAGUAGCUUCACCGUCACUGACAAGACUAAAUCUUUCUGGAAAUCUAUUUACGGGGGCACUUCGGCUUCAAAGUUCAGGGGCAAGUGAAUUACUACUCAUGCCUCCUUAUCAGCCAAUGGAAUAUCUUGAUGUAUCUAAUAACUCCUUAGAAGGUGUCUUGCCUUCUGAUAUAAGUAGGAUGGGUGGGUUAAAACUGCUGAAUCUAGCAAGGAAUGGCUUUUCCGGACAGCUGCCAGAUGAGUUGAGCAAACUUUCUUAUUUGGAGUACCUCGAUUUGUCUAACAACAAAUUUACUGGAAAUAUUCCUGAUAAGCUUUCGUCCAGCAUAACUGUAUUUAAUGUGUCCUAUAAUGAUCUAUCUGGUCGUGUUCCUGAAAAUUUGCAGCGGUUCCCCCCUUCAUCCUUUCACCCCGGAAAUGAAAAGCUAAGGUUACCAAAUGGUUCUCCUGGAGCUUCCUCAGUGCCUGAUAAUAUUCCAGAUACAGGUAGACAUCAUAAUUCAAAGGGAAAUAUCAGGAUAGCAAUUAUUCUUGCCUCUGUGGGUGCUGCUGUGAUGAUUGCUUUUGUUUUAUUGGCUUAUCAUAGAACACAACUAAAAGAAUUUCGUGGAAGAAGUGAGUUCACUGGUCAAACUACUGAAAGAGAUGUCAAGUUAGGAGGACUCACGAGGCCUUCCCUCUUCAAGUUCAAUUCAAAUGUUCAACCCCCAACCACUUCGUUGAGCUUUUCAAAUGAUCACUUGUUGACUUCCAAUUCGAGGUCACUCUCUGGACAGACAGAGUUUAUAACUGAAAUUUCUGAGCACGGCUUACCUCAGGGAAUGGUAGCAACUAGUUCAGCAUCUGUAACUCCUAAUUUGAUGGAUAACCCUCCCACGUCAUCUGGAAGAAAGUCUUCUCCUGGUUCCCCAUUGUCAUCCUCACCCCGUUUUAUAGAGGGCAGUGAAAAGCCGGCGAUGUUGGACGUUUACUCCCCAGAUCGGCUGGCUGGGGAACUGUUCUUCCUGGAUUCUUCGAUGGCAUUCACUGCUGAGGAUUUAUCUCGAGCUCCAGCUGAAGUUCUUGGCAGAAGUAGCCAUGGCACUUUAUACAAAGCUACUCUCGACAGUGGUCAUAUGUUGACUGUAAAAUGGUUACGAGUGGGAUUGGUCAAACAUAAAAAGGAAUUUGCUAGAGAAGUUAAAAGGAUUGGUUCCAUGAGGCAUCCAAACAUUGUCUCAUUACGGGCAUACUAUUGGGGGCCUAGGGAACAAGAGAGGCUUCUUUUAGCUGACUACAUACAUGGGGACAGCUUGGCCCUCCAUCUCUAUGAGACCACACCCCGGAGGCACUCGAGAUUAUCAUUCAGCCAGAGAUUAAGAGUUGCUGUUGAUGUUGCUCGAUGUCUUUUAUACCUUCACGAUCGAGGGCUUCCCCAUGGAAAUCUGAAGCCAACAAAUAUUUUGUUAGCAGGCCAUGAAAACAAUGCUCGUCUUAGUGACUAUGGUCUGCACCGGCUUAUGACCCCAGCUGGAAUUGCAGAGCAGAUACUAAAUCUAGGAGCACUCGGAUACCGUGCUCCAGAACUAGCUGCUGCAUCCAAACCAGUUCCAUCGUUUAAGGCUGAUGUCUAUGCACUUGGUGUGAUCCUAAUGGAGUUAUUAACGAGGAAAAGUGCAGGUGACAUAAUAUCAGGCCAAUCAGGCGCUGUUGAUCUUACAGAUUGGGUUAGGCUGUGUGAGCGAGAAGGAAGGGUAAUGGACUGUAUUGACAGAGACAUUGCAGGUGGGGAAGAUUCCUCCAAAGAGAUGGAUGAACUGCUUGCAAUAUCUCUGAGGUGUAUUCUCCCUGUAAAUGAGAGGCCUAACAUCAGACAAGUUUUUGACGAUCUCUGUUCUAUAUCGGUUUGAAAUUUUUGUACAUUCGUCUGGGAAUUAGUUUUUUUAUUUUUGGUUCCUCGACCCGUUGCUAUUUUCUGAUUCUUUGUAUCCAUCUUAUUUUCUCUCUUAAUUGGUUUCAUGCCUUAUUUUUGGGCUAAUCAUCAUAUUCUUUUCUUCUAUUCUCCUUUUUUUAGAAAAAGAAAAACAAUAUUUCUUGUAA